UCAAAAUACCAAGGCUGGUCGGCCUCCUGUUCCACGCAGGCGUCAUGCAGCAACCGCCAGGUCAGAAGAACAUGCCCGAUGCCGGACAGGAAGACCCAAACAUGAUGCCGAUGGAAGGCAUGCCUCCUGCCCAAGAACAAAACUGGAUGGACUACGCGUUGGAGCUGAACCCGUACCGCAAGACCAUCGAGGUGUUCCUGAUGCUGGCAAUGCUGACCACGUGCCUCGGUGUGGCCGGCUACUGCAUCCUCUCUUACCUCAUCGUCGAGUACUUCUUCGCAUCCGGAGGCCUGCUCCGCGCGGCGGAAACCGAAAUGGAGAUAUGCACGGACGACGCCUGCGGCGAGUACGAGCACCGGACCAUGGGCUUUGUGGAUUGGAGGGGCAGCCCAUGCGAGAACUACUUUAAGUACGCCUGUUCUGGCUUCCAGAAGGAGGCCGUCGAUCUGAACUUCGCGGAGUACAGGCCGCACAACGAAGUGAUAGACAUCGAGUACGGCAUCCUCAUCGAACUCCUCUUUAAAGAUGGUUCCGACCAGUGGCCCAGCAAAAUUUUCGAGCUGCACAAGAUUGCCAAGGAAGCGUAUCGUAUCUGUCGCGCUACCGAAGGUUUUCACGCCGAUCUUGUCAGAGAACUGUACUCGGCGAAGUCGCGGGGCGUCAGCUACGUCAUCAGCAAGUUCGAGCAGCUGCACCCGAUAUGGCCUUUCUACACGCCGGUUGUCGGGGAUAUGAAAUGCUACCUGUUUCCACCGGAGAUGUUCGUGCCUGUGACAGCAUACAAGAACGACGACUUCAUGGACGAAUUCGUGGCCGCCUUUCUGAACCACCUCAAGGACAGCGGCUUGGACGACACUACCGAAGUCAGGAACGACAUUGAUUUCUUCCUGAGCGUGGAAAAGACCAUGGCUGGGCUCUCGACUCAUCCCAAGCGACGCCUCUACAAACCCAUCGAGCGAACCGGCUCGACGAACGACAUUCAAAAGUUCUUAUCGUCCGACAUCAUCGGGUGCAAAGGCAAGCCGUACGUCUGGGUCGACGAAGACCACUACAAAGGCGUCAAGGAUUUAAUCGAUAAAAUGGAGAACUCUUCGCUCACGCUUUACAUCAUCAUGUGGUCCAUCCAAACGUUCUCCAUCGCUGGCAAGGAAAACACGCCGCUGGCGCGCCUCCACUACCGCUACGUGGAGCUGCUGAACAACCCGCCCCCCGCCGAGCGCCGUUGCAUCGACUACUUGGAGCCGAUGCUGCGCCAAUAUUAUCUGGACCACUUGCGGAUGGCACACGUCUAUCUACGAGACGACCUGCCACGCAUUUCUCAGAUGCAGGCCAUGCAAGCCAUGAAGAGGCUGGUGGAGGCGCUCAAGGGAUUUCUACAGCACUCGGCACUGGCCGAGUUGGACGUUGCCAAGGCGACCAGCAUGCUGGACGGCGUCAAGUUCGAGCUCUUCUACCCCGGCAAGCUUAACGAGCCCGGAUUCAGCGAUGCUCACUACGCAUUAGCUUUUGCUGCCCCGGUGGCCAAUACCUUCGUUUUCCUAUGACCCACUGUACAUGCCCGGCAUUGAUACAAUCUACGUACCUUACCCGGUGUUCGCGUGGGCCUACAUGCACAGCCGGAGCAAACUG